AUGACUAGCAGCACUAGGAGUGAGGAGACAACCACGCUUCCUCUUCCAACAGCUUCGGAACCUGGGAGCACAGCGAUAGCCACCUCAAUGUUUCCAGAGACCUCCACAACUCCUGCAGAAACCACAACCCCAACAGAGAGGACAACAAUAACUAGUACCACUGGAGCCGAAGUGACAACCACACUUUCCCUUCUUGCAACUUCACAACCUGAAAGCACAUCUGCAGCCACCUCAACUGCUCUAGAAACAACCACAGUUCUGCAAGAGAGCACUUCCCCAGCUGAGAGUACACCAAUAAUUAGUACUUCUACAGUAGAAAGGACAAGCACCCUUCCCGUUCGUAGCACUUCACAACCUGAAACCAGUGCCGCAGUCACCUCUACCACAGGAAUAACCUCCACCUCUCCUCUAGAGACGACUUCUGCAGCUGAAACUACAGCAAUGACUAGCAGCACUAGGAGUGAGGAGACAACCACGCUUCCUCUUCCGACAGCUUCGGAACCUGGGAGCACAGCUACAGCCACCUCUACUUUCACAGAGACCUCCACGACUCCUGAAGAAACCACAACCCCAACAGAGAGGACAACAAGAACUACUUCAGAACCUGGGAGCACAGCGAUAGCCACCUCAAUGUUUCCAGAGACCUCCACAACUCCUGCAGAAACCACCACCCCAACAGAGAGGACAACAAUAACUAGUACCACUGGAGCUGAAGUGACAACCACACUUUCCCUUCCUUCAACUUCACAACCUGAAAGCACAACUGCAGCCGCCUCAAGUGCUCCAGAAACAACCACAGUUCUGCAAGAGAGCACUUCUCCAGCUGAGACUACACCAAUAAUUAGUACUUCUAUAGUAGAAGGGACAAGCACCCUUCCUUUUCUUAGCACUUCACAAUCUGAAAGCACUCCUGCAGACACCUCUACCACAGGAAUAACCUCCACCUCUCCUCUAGAGACGACUUCUGCACCUCAAACUACAGCAAUGACUAGCAGCACUAGAAGUGAAGAGACAACCACGCUUCCCCUUCUUACAACUUCAGAACCUGGGAGCACAGCUGCAGCCACCUCAACUUUUCCGGAGACCUCCACAACUCAUGAAGAAACCACAACCCUAACAGAGAGCACAACAAGAACUAGUACUACUGGAGCUGAAGUGACAACCACAAUUUCCCUCCCUGCAACUUCACAAGCCGAAAGCACAACUGCAGCCACCUCAACUGCUCCAGAAACAAGCACAGUUCUGCAAGACAUAACUUCCCCAGCUGAGAGUACAACAAUAAUUAGUACUUCUACAAUAGAAGGGACAAGCACCCUUCCCCUUCUUAGCACUUCACAACCUGAAACCAGUGCUGCAGCCACCUCUACCACAGGAAUAACCUCCACCUCUCCUCUAGAGACGACUUCUGCAACUCAAACUACAGCAAUGACUAGCAGCACUAGAAGUGAGGAGACAACCACCCUUCCUCUUCCAACAGCUUCAGAACCUGGGAGCACAGCGAUAGCCACCUCAAUGUUUCCAGAGACCUCCACAACUCCUGCAGAAACCACAACCCCAACAGAGAGGACAACAAGAACUAGUACCACUGGAGCUGAAGUGACAACCACACUUUCCCUUCCUUCAACUUCACAACCUGAAAGCACAACUGCAGCCACCUCAACUGCUCCAGAAACAACCACAGUUCUGCAAGAGACCACUUCCCCAGCUGAGAGUACACCAAUAAUUAGUACUUCUACAGUAGAAGGGACAAGCACCCUUCCUCUUCUUAGCACUUCACAAUCUGAAAGCACUCCUGCAGACACCUCUACCAUAGGAAUAACCUCCACCUCUCCUCUAGAGACGACUUCUGCACCUCAAACUACAGCAAUGACUAGCAGCACUAGAAGUGAAGAGACAACCACGCUUCCCCUUCUUACAACUUCAGAACCUGGGAGCACAGCUAUAGCCACCUCAACUUUUCCGGGGACCUCCACAACUCCUGAAGAAACCACAACCCCAACAGAGAGGACAACAAGAACUAGUACCACUGGAGCUGAAGUGACAACCACAAUUUCCCUCCCUGCAACUUCACAAGCCGAAAGCACAACUGCAGCCACCUCAACUGCUCCAGAAACAAGCACAGUUGUGCAAGACAUAACUUCCCCAGCUGAGAGUACACCAAUAAUUAGUACUUCUACAGUAGAAGGGACAAGCACCCUUCCCCUUCUUAGCACUUCACAACCUGAAACCAGUGCUGCAGCCACCUCUACCACAGGAAUAACCUCCACCUCUCCUCUAGAGACGACUUCUGCAACACAAACUACAGCAAUGACUAGCAGCACUAGAAGUGAGGAGACAACCACCCUUCCUCUUCCAACAGCUUCAGAACCUGGGAGCACAGCUACAGCCACCUCAACUAUUCCGGAGACCUCCACAACUCCUGAAGAAACCACAACCCCAACAGAGAGGACAACAAGAACUAGUACCACUGGAGCUGAAGUGACAAUCACACUUUCCCUUCCUUCAACUUCAGAACCUGAAAGCACAACUGCAGCCACCUCAACUGCUCCAGAAACAAGCACAGUUCUCUUCAGAAUCUGGGAGUACAUCAAUAGCCACCUCAACUACUCCAGAGAUCUCCAAAACUCCUGCAGAGAUCACUUCUCCAGGAGAGACUACGAGUAUAUCUACUAUCACUACAGUGGAAAAGGCAACCACAGUUCCUCUUCCUACCAGCACCGUAACUGGGAGCACAUUUUUGGCCACCUCUACCAUCGGACAGAAAUUCAGCUCUCUUUUAGAGACUACUUCUCCAAUUCAAACUACAGCAAUGACUAG